AGCAGCGAAAACAAACGGAUAAAAAAGUUCCACAGGCAACCGUAGAACAGAUAAUAACAGACAUUGUAGAUCCCCAGAAAAUUCAACAACUUCUUCGUAAGCUUUACGCUGGUGGAGCUGAUUUACCUAAUUUACAUGGAAAUGUAAAAGACCAAAAUGAAGCAAUAAAGUUGUUCAUGGAAUGGCGAUGCAGCCGUUUCGUUGAAAACCCGAAUGCUGUCCUAAGCCUUGCUUUAGCUAAGUCUGGAUGCUCAGAUAUCAGCAGGAACUUUUUCGCCGGAAUGAUAUCGUUUCCCGAACUUUGGAAAUUGAGCCGGAUGAUGGUUCAACAUGGGUGUGGUGCACAGGCUAUAUUUGACAACCUUAGUUUGGAAGCAGGAGAUAGGCUGACAGAAGAAGAGAUAUAUGUUGUUCUGUGUGAUUGGAAAAGGCAAAGCACAACGGUUCAUCAAGGAAAGCUAUUACUUGAUGCACUAACGAAGGCUAAUUUCAAGGAAGCAUGGAAAGAUAUAAUGGAACUCAGAGAAAUGGGGAGAACAAAUGUCUUAGAGGACACAAUCGAACAUAUCCUAUGGCAAAUAAAAGAUCCUGGCAAACUUGGACGCUUCAUACAGAAGGUAACUGGCAAAAUCUCAUCUGAUGGUGACUCACAAAUAAUUCAUCACAGCGACAUCAAGGAGGCAAUGAAACAUGUAGUAGAAUGGAAACAACAAGAUCUUGAUGAGAACCCAAUUAUCUUGCUAAGUCAUGCUCUGGAGAAGACUGAAUGUAGACCAAUAGACAGAUUAUUUUUCAAAGUGCCACAUCACCACAUAGUUGACCUCAUCGACAGUGAGAUUGAAGGGUUUACCGACAGGUUGACGAGUCGACACGUUAAAUCUUUGUUGCAGUGUGUAGAUAUCGACUUGAAAGAGGACGCAAUAGUUACUGCAAAUAAAGCCACCCUGUUCGAAACGGAGGCGAUGGUAAAUGACUGGAUCAGACAAGCGGCAUGCAGCAAUUACGAAAAAAAGUUGAAGCUUCGUGAGGCAUUAGACAGCAUUGGUCGACAAGACAUAAAAGAUGAGCUGUGGAAAGACCUUAACCCUGGCAGAGACCUGGGAAUUCAACAUGGAAGAAGAUCAUCUGGCCAUUUAAAACAUGUAAAAGUUAACACCGUGAAGACUCCGGAUAAUCUGCUCAGUGACUCCAUCAAUGACGAGGUUCUUAGAAUCGCUGCCUGCCUUCCCACAUAUAAGCAUGACAAAGUCAAACGAGCUUUCGGAGGAGACCAAGAAGGUGGUACUUAUGCGGAUGUGAUAGGAGCGUAUGCUCGAGGUUGGAUGACAAAGCAUCCGAAAGAGAACGUUGAGAAUAAACUCCGUGAAAAGCUGAAAUCAGCAAAAGUUAUGGACCUUCUCACCACGAGGUCGAACAACGUAGGUCUAUGCGAGUUACUUGACAUUGCCUUCCGCCUACUCCUCGAAGAUGUGUAUCCGCUAGCGAAGGCUCUUGAUAUUUCUGACGAGACAUUAACAAAAUACAGAGUCCAGUACGCACCUGACCAUCUCACUAAGGGAACUACUGCUGUAUUAAUAAAACUUCAUGACUUCAUCAAAGGAGAUAGGAAGAAAUUAAGGGAAGUUCUUUCAAAGAUUGGAUACAAGGACAUAGCCGUAUUAAUUGGAUGUGGUCAUGAAACAUCUCUAGCUGAUGCAUUUGCACUAUUUAAGAAAUCAAAGGAUUAUCAAGAAGCUCUAAAUAGAAUUUCUAAGAACUUAGGAAUGGGCCAAAGGAGCAGUGUGAUUACCAUAAUAAGAGAUUGGAAGUUCAUGGUCCAUCCACCAACUUACAAUUCAAGAACAUCUCUUGCUGAUGCAAUCUAUCCCGUCCAAGGUAAAGACAUAGCUGAUGGAAUCCUCUUCGGGACUUACCUUGGAGAUUGCAGUAAGAACGCAGCUGUCUUUCAGGAGUUAAUCAAUAAUAUAGAGUCUUUCGAGCCAUCAUUGGUCAGGAAGAUCCUCGAAGUUAGAGAGCCAAAGAAGUUGCCUGAUCAAGCGCUCCAAACCGAUAAUGAAGUUGCAAUCCCGGAAGAUGACAGCCAGCGAACAGUUGAUACAGACAGGGCUAAAGAGAUAUCGAUUGAUUCUUCAACAGAUCCUACAUCAGAGCACAUUAAGCUUAAUAGUGGUAAAGAGACAGAAUCGGAUCGUACAGAUGAUGUCGCCCAGUACAAAUUAGCGGUCACAAUGAAAUUAGCUCAGAUUCUUGAUAUACCGACGACAAAGUUAUGGGAAACCCAAGAUAUCUCUCUCAUGCAUGUCCUCGAGACCUGGGAAGAAAUGUUCAGAAAAAAUCCUAUGGCAAGGGAUGAAGAGAUAGAGCUGAGUAACAGACUCCUAAAGGCUGGGUUCAAGGAACUAGCAUUGGAAAUAAUUAUCGGUUUCACACCGAGGUCCAAGAAGCAAAGAGAGAAAGACAAAGCAAACUCCCUUAAUGGACCGCAUGGUCAAAGCUUACAUCGCGACCAUCAAAACACAUCCAAGCUAAAGGUCGAUGAGGACCAUAAAGACAUCGGACGCAAUAACAGCGAUCAAGACACAUCAGCAGGUGUUAUGUCAAAAUCACACCAGGAAGACCAUGCAGAUCACGACGGAAAAAAUUAAAACCUGUGGUUAUUGUUUGUACCCCCCCCAGAAAAAACGUGAAUGUCACUAUUGAAUUUCAUUGGUAGAUUAUUUUAAUUCAUGUUCCACGAAAGGGUAGUGGUGUGAAAGAUAUAAUCUUUAAAAAUAUGUGUUUUUGUUGGGUAAAAUUUACCGAUUUUGCAUCAUUCAGAGUUUAGUUCGAGUGGAUGCCCGAUCAGAAAAGAACAUCUACGUAUAUUUUUUUCUUGUUCAUAUAAAAAACCUUCUCAAGCAUAAAAUACGUUGAAAAUUGAGCAGCUUUCUAAUAUCAAAUUACUAGGUAUGUAAGGUAAGUGAUCAAACGCCAUUAACAAAUAAAAAUCAAAUCAUAGCCUAUAGAGGGUGCUAGACUUAAAUUCAAAUCCUAACGGCCGGAAAAUGCCAAAUUGAAAUUCUGUUUAGUAAGAAAAUGCAUUCAUUGACUACUGCGCCAUGGUAUUAUUCCCCAUUUUUCGCUGUUGCAACGCAGAUGGACUUUACGACGGUAUAUUGAUUUUGGAAGGGACUUUUGGGCCCGUCGUCAUGGUCGUAAAACACUGUUCUGCAAUGUAAGUUGUGUGACAUGAUAAUUUUUUUCGUUCCGCAUCUGCAACGGAAAACAUUCAAUCUGCGUUUCGUGUGCAAAAUUAUGGUUGCUACUAUGGUAACAGCGAUAAAUCCGAUUUAGGACGACUUUCCAGAGCCAAAUUUGGUACCUCCCAGAGCUCAAGAGGCCGCCCGGGGGGCAACUUCCACUGACGAGUUGAUAUCAGCCGCGACCACGCGUAAAAAAGGGAAAGAGUGGGCAGGUACCUACGUAUAGGCCUAUAUGUAACGUUAUAAGGGUGUCAAAACGAUGUUUAAAAUACUGAAAAGGGGAUAUAAUACUUGUAGGGUUUCACAAGCCAAAUACUUGUUAAGAGAUGCAUUUUCAUAAUCUGGAAAAGACUUGCUUCCCUGUUUAUGGUGCUUUUCGAAAUCCCAUGGUCGCGCCUGGUAUCCACUCGUCAAUGGAAGUGGUCCCCCGAAAAUUUGAGUCUAAUCCCCCAUUUGGGGGGAAAGUAAAACAUAAUGCCCAUAGAGGCAUAUCGUUUGUGUAGAAGGAGCAAGGAAAAGAAAAAACCGCAAAGUCGGAUGGUUUUCAGACCGAUAGGCCUAUUGCAUACGCUGUGUACAUAUCAACACAUGCGAAAUGGUUUAGCUGGAUAUGACCAUGGAAUCAAUUGCCAGAGAUCCACCGAUAAUCCACAUUAGAUGCAACAUCGAUUCGAUGGACUGUAUUGAUUUAUAUCUAAGUUUGAAUUCAGUAAGUUUCUCCUCACUCAAUAUGUACUCGAUUUGUUUGAAAAACUACUUUCUUUAAUAUCCAUGUCAUAAUAUACGAUUCGCAUGUCUCCAGCCAGCUGGAGUCAUGAUAGUCAUGAUAGUACAGCCCUGCCACGAGCUCAGGCGGGCGUAUGCUAUGAUGACCAGUCGUACAUGCAUGAAAGCGGGAUUUUGACAAUUUGGAAUGGCAUGCUGGUAUCGCAUGAAAGAAUUUUGCACACGAAAAGCAGAUUUAUAGGGCCUGUAAUAUAAAGCUCAGCAAUUAUUGUGGAACACUUUCUACGUUGGAUUCUAUUGACUAUGAUGUACAAUCAAUCUUGAAAAUCGAGUCUGUGAUUAAUCGUUAAAUUUUGUGUUACCGGAUCCUAAUGUCGCGUUCCAGAGGUUUGCGAAAACUCGCUAUUAUUGGGGGACAAGAAACGUAGAGAAAAUUGCAUCGGAAACUUGUAAACGUAGUGGUGAGUGUUGGCAACAUUUAGAAUCACUAAUAAAAGCAGGGCUCCCGACAUUUUGAGCUGUACAUGAUCUAAUGAUCAAACCAGAAAUUAAAUUGUAUAGUAAAAAUUUACAGUAAGUAUAAGAGAAUAAAGAGAACCGAAGCGACAUCAACAACAAAGACUCCUGAGUCAAGUAUUAUCAUCGAUUAGUCACAGUAGAACCGACCUCUUUAUUGUCCAGAUAUGCUUGUCAGUAUGUUCACAGACGUAUUAUAUGAAUAUGUAAACAUGAGUGUCGAUCUAUUUUUAAAGGAAAUGUGAAUUGUUUUAGAACAUAUUUUCCAUAACGCACGCUAAGCAUUGCUACCUAGUUUUGAAGAGCCAUUCUUAUUCUAUCAAAAGGUUUGGUUCAUCUUUAGAACGGCAUUGUAAUGAAAAUUAUAUUUCUCUAGUAUUAAUCGGAGUAUCGGUCUAUUGAUAAAAUUGAUAUGGAAUGUUAAUAUUUAUUAUGAUUAAUUAUAAACAGCUAUUUGUCACU